CGCACUUGGCUGAGUGUGUAGAAGGUGGGCAGGGCAGGGCAGGACGCUCAGUGCUGCUGAGGCCGAGUGAGCAGAAGAGCCGGCAGACGCCUUCCCUCUCCUACUUGGGAAGGAGAGCAGCUCUAGGUGGUUGUUCAGAGACUAAGAUAAGGUUUGCUAGCGCUGACAGGGUUUGCUUUGGCUUUUUUGGUGGUGUUGGUAGGCUAAUAAGAAACAGGAGUAGAUUUGUCUCUGAUGGCUAGCUUAGUUAAGAGCUAAAAAUCCCAUGAUUUUACCCAUGGUGCCGAUUAGAAGCGAUCUGGAAGACUUUCUUUGGGUUGGGUCAUUAAGAGAAAGGAUUAUAUUAUGAGUGACAUAACAUGAGGGACAGUGGCUUUAGGUAGUUUUUAAGUGACUUUUUUGGCUUACUGUUUUAAAAAUCUCCAAAAGAUGACUUAGCAUUGUGCUUUGGAACUAAAAUUUUGGUAUUUGGAAGUUAAGUGAACAGUUCAGUGCAUAGCUGGGAGAGUUUGGGUGUUUUCAGUUUUGUUAGCUUGUUGUAAACCUUUCUUAGCCUGCCAAGAGAAGCACAAUUCUUCUGACAAUGGCAGCAGCCUAGUUGAAAAUAAACAAGAAACAUUUCAAGAAUUAUUUGUGAUUUUGGAAGAAAGCCAUGAAGAUCAUAAAGAAUGUGAUGAAUGACCUCUCAUUUAACAAAAAUACCUGGAAAUGGCACAUUCAGGAUCCAGCAAGCCAGCGGUUGACAUGGAACAAAUCUCCAAAGAGUGUCCUUGUAAUAAAAAAGAUACGAGAUGCCAGUCUCCUGCAGCCUUUUAAAGCCCUCUGUGUGUAUCUUAUGGAGGAAAACAACAUGAUUGUUUAUGUGGAAAAAAAAGUUUUAGAAGACCCUGCCAUAGUGAACGAUGAACAUUUUGGAACCGUGAAGAAGAAAUUCUGCACCUUCAGGGAAGAUUACGACGACAUCUCAGAUCAGAUAGACUUCAUCAUCUGCCUGGGAGGAGACGGGACCUUGCUUUACGCUUCUUCCCUUUUCCAGGGGAGUGUGCCUCCGGUGAUGGCCUUCCACCUGGGAUCCCUCGGCUUUCUCACCCCGUUCAACUUUGAAAACUUUCAGUCCCAAGUCACCCAGGUGAUAGAAGGAAAUGCCGCCAUCGUUCUCCGAAGCAGGCUGAAGGUAAAGGUGGUCAAGGAGCUCCGGGAAAAGAAAGCCCUGAUCCCAAACGGCAUCGACGAGAACGGAGUGCUGCCUCCCGGCUUGGAGAAGGAGAGUGGCCGGCAGAUGAUGCACUACCAGGUUCUAAAUGAAGUGGUGAUCGAUCGGGGUCCCUCCUCAUACCUCUCUAAUGUUGAUGUUUAUCUAGAUGGACACCUGAUAACUACGGUCCAGGGAGAUGGAGUGAUUGUGUCCACGCCCACGGGGAGCACGGCCUACGCUGCUGCUGCAGGCGCCUCCAUGAUUCACCCCAACGUGCCCGCCAUCAUGAUCACGCCCAUCUGUCCACACUCGCUGUCCUUCCGGCCCAUCGUGGUGCCUGCCGGCGUGGAGCUCAAGAUCACACUGUCACCAGAAGCUAGGAACACAGCAUGGGUUUCAUUUGACGGGCGGAAGAGACAAGAAAUCUGCCAUGGAGACAGCAUCAGCAUCACUACCUCUUGUUACCCUCUCCCCUCCAUCUGUUUCCGGGACCCUGUGAGUGACUGGUUUGAGAGCCUGGCAGAGUGUCUGCAUUGGAACGUCCGGAAAAAGCAGAACCACUUCACUGAGGAGGACGAGGAGUUCUAGGCAGCGGACAGUGCUCCGUGAGGUCCCCAGCUCCUGGGCGGAACUGUGUGCGAAUCCUUUCAAUGUGUUCUUUUACCUUAACCCCCCAGCCCCUAGAACUCGACCAAUUUGUGUGUGUCUGUGUCUGUAAAUAUAUAUAUAGAAUAUAUAUAUAUUUUUGAAUACGGUGAUGUACCUCAUAUCAGUUGUCUGAUCUGCUGAUGACCAGAUAUCAUGUUAUUUCCUAUCCACUGGCCAAAGGGAAGAGUUUAAAAUUUGUCUUUUUUUGUCAACCAAAUUAACUUUGUUUAAUGUUUUGAAUUCAGUUUCCUUUUGUGUUUUAUAAAUAAGCAAAAUUAAAAAUGAGUCGGCAUUUCUAAAUGAUAUCAACAAUCCACAUGCUCAUUUGUAGUUUCAAAUUCAAAGUGAUUUUUUAUACCAACAUUUAAAAUGACAUUACGAUAGUCUACAUAACUUCAUAUUUGUAAUUCCACGUGUAUGGAAAUUUCGUAGAUCAGUCUAUUUAAAAUUCAGAGGGGAUAUGUAUGACUUAAUCUGUCCUUUGGAUUAUAAAAAAAAAACUGUUCUUUGAUGUUUUGAAUAAAUGUAUCACAGCCAAAUGUCUUCCUUCAGCAGAUGAGUCUAAAAUCCUUUCCCCCUUUGUACAUUUAAUUUAUCUUUAUUUUUCCUAAGACUAUCAGGGGAAAUGCUUCUGCAAAGAUCAAAAUUAAAAGGACGUUUUUGAUAGUCAUUUGGAAA